AUUAUGAAUUCUGAACUCAAGACACAACAUAGCAUAGAAAGAGAAAGCGCAGGGUCCGACCCGAUACCUCAUCUUUCGCCCUAGUGCUCGUUUUCAGAGCUGCAAAGGAAUCGACACAGAAAGUGAUUAAAAAAGGGAGAAGAUAUCUUUGGUGUCAAACGCUCCCUGAUUCUUCUGCUGUGGACUCCACUUCUCUACUGUUCCACCUCUCCACACUACGAUUCUGUGAAAUCUCUGAACGAACGCUCUGUAAUUGGUGAUUUUGGAGCCGAACUGUUUCGUCCAAUGAAAAUCAAUCGCGAAAGUUUCCGUUGAUAAGUCGUGGAGAAUUUACUGGUAAAAUUUGAUCCAGUUAAAACAGUUAUUCGUUGGCGAAAUUGAGUGAAUGCGUCUCCGAUCUUCAGCCGGCCGGGGACGUAAUCUGAGAAGAUCUGAGAAUUUUUAAUACUAACCGAAGCUGCAAGUUCUCGAAUCCCGUGUUCGUUUCCGAAUUCAAACGGGAUCGAAUUCUAUGAGAUUUCAUCUCCGGAAGGAGCGAAAUUCAAAAUUCCGUUGAAUUACCGGGAAGGAAAAGGAAAACAGAAAAACGGAAAAGCAUCAUAUUCAGGUUUUGAUGGAGCUUCCUCAAGCAUGCCCCCUUGGAACCGAAGGGAGGAAACCGACCCAUGACUUUCUGUCACUCUACAGUAAUUCAACUGCCCAACAAGAUCCAAGGCCACCUUCUCAAGGAAGUUACCUCAAGACCCAUGAUUUCUUGCAGCCACUAGAACGGGUAGAAACGAAAGCCAGUGCCAAGGAAGAAGCCACAGAUGAAAUAUCAUCGGUGGUUCAAAAGCCACGUUCACCUUCAGUUGAGCACCUCUUACCUGGAGGAAUUGGGACUUAUAGUAUUAGCCACAUUUCAUAUGUUAAUAAUAAUAAUAAUAAUAAUCAAAGGGUUCCAAAACCAGAGACAUCAUCCCUUUACGGGCGUCAAGCAACUAGUACGGAUAGGAAUGAAGAAAACUCUAACUGCAGUUCAUAUACUUCAAGUGGUUUCACUUUGUGGGAAGAGUCGUCGGGGAAGAGGGGAAAGACAGGAAAGGAGAAUAAUGCGGGCGAGAAACCCUCUCUAGGAGAGUCUGCAGCAAAGCUAGGGCAGUGGACAACAACGGAGCGGACGUCACAGUCAUUUUCCAACAAUCGUCACGGCAGCUUCAGCUCUCGCUCUUCGUCUCAGACAACUGGGCUGAAAAACCAGAGUUUUAUUGAAAUGAUGAAGUCUGCAAGGGAUAGUGCACAGAAUGAAGUGCUAGAAAGCGAGGAAACAUUUUUUCUCAAGAAAGAACCCUCCUCGAACACCCAAAGAGCAGAACUGCUUGUGAAAGUGGAUGGGAAGAGUACUGAUCAAAAGCCAAACACACCAAGAUCAAAACACUCUGCAACAGAACAGCGGAGAAGGAGCAAAAUUAAUGACAGAUUCCAAAUGCUAAGAGAGCUUAUUCCACACAGUGACCAAAAGAGGGACAAAGCAUCUUUUUUAUUGGAGGUCAUUGAAUAUAUUCAUUUUUUGCAAGAGAAGGUGCACAAGUAUGAAGGUUCAUUUCAAGGGUGGAGUAACGAGCCAGAAAGAUUGAUGCCAUGGAGAAAUAAUGACAAGCCAGCAGAAAGUUUUCAACCUCGUGGCACCGAUAAUGGGUCAAGUCCAUCACCAACAAUUCCUGGGAGUACCCAGAAUGUAGAAUCUGGCUUGAGCACAGCAACUACCUCCAAGACAAUGGAUCAUCAGGCUGGAAAAAUGAACAAGGCUUUUCCAAUUCCUAUUCCUUCACAGCUAAAUUUCUUCACUCCAACCCAAAUCGGUGGUCCAGGUGGAGUAGUGUCUCAGCUCACACAUAGAUCGGCAUCUGAUGCUGAGAACACCAAAUAUCAACCUUCAGUGGAAUGUCAGACUAUGACUGCUACCAAUGAAAAGCUGAAAGAGAAAGAGCUCACUAUUGAAGGUGGUGCCAUUAGCAUAUCAAGCGUGUACUCAAAAGGGUUGUUACAUACGCUUACACACGCAUUGCAGAGUUCAGGGGUGGACUUGUCACAGGCUAGCAUCUCAGUGCAAAUUGAACUUGGUAAACAAGCAAACAUCAGAUCAAAUGUACCAGUGUCAGUGUGUGGUGCUAAGGAUGGUGCAGUUCCUUCUAACAAUCAAAAGAUGAUGCGCUCUAGAGUUGCUAGCUCUGGGAAGUCUGACCAAGCAGUUAAGAAGCUAAAGACUUGCAGAAGUUAAUUCGACCGUUAUAUUCAUUCUUUCUUUAUUACAAUUCUUACUAAUUAUUUGGGGUAACUUUUUAAAAUUAAUUUUUGGAAGGGGUAUUUUAUGUCUUCUGCUGGCUUUAUUAUCCAGCGUGGGGGAGAUCGACUGUACAUUCAGUGUCUUCUUAGUUUGUUGGGAUCAUUAGGCUCACCCCAACAAAAUAAAAUGAAUUAUUUUAGUUUCUAAAUCAUAUAAGUAUAAAGGCUUCCAUACUAAUCGAGAAGCUAUUUUUUAACCAAGGCUUCUAUUCAUGUAAAGAUUGUAAACUCUCGCUCCGUUAUUUGCUGCAUAUUGUUUUUCAUUUGGUUUUGGUGGUUUA